AAUAUAAUAUCAUUAGCGUUUGCGAGCUAAGAUCUUAAAAAUGCUGUCCUUUCUCGUUGCUUUAGCUGUAAUUACUUGGCCAGGAUGUCUUGGCUCCAAUAAUGUGUACAAUCUUAAUGAACGGGACUUCGAAGGGUACAUCCGGGACAAAGACAUAAUGCUGGUAGAUUUUUACGCGCCUUGGUGAGUUGUACAUGAAAACUUAUUGACAUUUAGAAUCGUGCAUUAAACGCUUGACUGCGUUCGCUAGCUUACGAUAUUAUUGUUGACUGGUACAAACGAACAUCUUCUUUAAAGGGCGUUUUCCCUCCCUUUAUUUAUCUAUUCCAAUUCAAAUAUUGUUAAAAGACAAAUUAAGAGGUUUGUUAUGCAAAUGAGUUAUUAAAAGUGCUCUCGCUUUCAAUGCUGUUUCUUCAUGUUUGAUGAAGAAUUAUGCGUUUUUCACAGCCAUUAGAUGGGACUUUAUGUAUUUUCGUUCGUAAUUCUAACGGAGUGUAAGAAACAUGUUUCUUCUCCAAGUUAAUAAACAGGCGGCAGGUAGAUGGUCUUUCAUCACAUCCUUGUUUUGAAGAGUUAGAAUGACAUUGUGGGCGUCAAUUGCAAUGUUUUAGGAACAUAGAAAAUUCACGACAAUGUCCAGAGAGCACAAAAAAAAACACAACUCUAUGGGAUCUUACCUGCAAACUGUAGACUCCAAAAAAAAAAUAAUUAACUUCAAACAUAACUGUUGUUUUAGUGACAUGUGUUGUUGUUAUUGGAGUCAUUUUAUCAAUUAUGUCAAGCUCUUUUUCAGUCGAGUGAAUAGUUUUCUUGACAUUUAUGAGUGGAAACCAUUCAGAUCAAAGCAGAAUCACGGGUGAAUGUGACCCCACCAAACAUUUUUCUCUACCUGUCUUUUUUAUUCCUUUCAAUCUAUGAUCAUGCACAGACUUGAAAUGAUCAGCCACCGUUUUGUUAAUGGUGAAAGGAAAGAUGGAUUCGGCUGAGGUGUUUUACGAUUUUGUCACCUCCCAAUCCAGAUAAUUUAGUGAGGUUUUUGAGAAGCUACGUUCGUGAAACACAAUUGAAUGUAUGGGAAUAUGUAACGAUAAGAAGAAUUGCAGCCUCUCAAAUUAAUAAUCAUAUAGUCCAAAUAAGGUGGGAUCGAGGAUGUAUACACGCUACCGGGACAAGUCAAUGGCACGUUUCGUUCAAGCGCGGAUUUUUGUGUUGUUUUGUUUUGUGUUUUAGAGUUUAGAGGGUGGGAAGUGACCUCAAGGAUAUUAUUUCUCGUCAAGCAAUUGUUUUAUAUUAACUUCCGCAGAUCAUUAGCUUUUCAGUAGCUUGACAUUGAUUUUAUCUCUAUCAGGUGUACGCAUUGUAAAGAACUGAGUCCCGAGAUUGAUGCAGCCGCUGACCAACUCGCCUCAAAGAAUAUGUAUGUGUUUGCAAAGGUGAGUUCACCGUGCUUAGUACGUAUGGGGAGGGGAGGGGGUCGUGUGCGAUUUGAAAUGUUGCUGCUUAAGGCGAAAAUGCGGCUAUGAUGCAUUCUAGCUUGGCGCUAAAUAGUUUGCCAGUUCACUUAUAUUUAGCUAUCUAUUCACUGUUUCAUGCUUAAGUAUAUUUAUUUUAUUCAUUUUCUUAUUUAUUCUCUUGAAAGGUGGACUGUGUCAACGACGGCAAACAGUUGUGUCAGCGGUUUAACAUACAGGGUUAUCCCACAAUUAAGUUGUUCAAGUAUGGUCAAUACGUUGGAGAUUAUGUUGGACAGCGAGACAGAGGUUAGUGAGUGAAGAGAGUAGUUACUAUUCACUGCGUCGAUGAAGGCUAAGAGGAAACUUCUAUCAUCGACAUUGUGACAGUGAAAAUCGUGAACAUAUCAUAAGUAAUAAACCUUUGCAAUAUAUUUUACUCUGCGCAGGCUCACUGAUGCGGUAUGUGGAUUCGGUGGCCUCAACGUUCUCGCAACGUGCACCACUGGUCAACAGUUUGGCUACACCUUUGGCUCAGUCAAUUAACUACAGGCCUCACGCUCAGUUAUUAGCUUCGCACCAUGCUCCUGCAAUUCAGGCAGCAGCCGCGGCCGCUGCGCCGACUUUCGCCAAUCAAGCAAACAUGCACGCGAAGAACCCAUCUCUUAUGAACUCGUUUUACGGUGCGUCAGCGCAUGCGCAUCAUCCAGCUAACCUGGCCGCUUUUCUGGGCAAGCAACAAGCGAGCCCAGACUCUUUGCAGUCGAAAUUUGGUAGUUUGUCGUCACUCGACAUUUAUAGAGCUAAACUUAAAAUGAUCGCAGCCUACAAGAACUAUCAGCGUCGCCUUAAAGAGUACAGAAUGAAACUGACGGCAAGUAAAGCAAACGUGAAUCCCAAUCCGCAAGCUUUUCCGGGCGCGGUUACUCAUCCGCCUCGUCCCGGUGUAAAUGCAUUCGCUCAGCCCCAGCCUUAUCGCGGGUAUUAUCGACCAGAGGCCCUAGCAGCCCAGAAUGUGCAGAUCAACCGUGCGUAUCCCCAAGCUGGAUACGGUGUGAAUACCAUGGGUUAUCCCAACCAGUUUGGUAGUCCUUACGGAUAUCAAGCUAUGGCCAGUAGUCCGUAUUACAGAAGUAAAAUGGGUCACGGGAAAGAGCAGCAUCUUGGGAAGCAAAGGAGACCUGCACCGCGCCCUGCUGCUGUCAGAAAACUUGCCUACAACCGUCGACCUGGUACAGCUCGAGUCAACAGCCAGGCAGCUUAUUAUAACAAUCAACAACACCAGCGACAGCAGCAAUUUCAACAAGCUUCCCGGCAGCAAUACAACCGACAGCCAAAACAACAGAGACAACAGUUCACACAGAAGUCACAACAGCAGUUUCAACAGGAGCCACAGCAAAACCAGCAGCAACAGCAAUUUCAACAGGAGCCACAGCAAAACCAGCAGCAACAGCAAUUUCAACAAGAGCCCCAGCAACACCAGCAAAAACAACAACAACAGCUUCAACAAGAGCCACAACAACAAUUUCAGCAAGAGCCGCGAAAACAAUUUCAGCAAGAGCCACAGAGAGACCAACAAACCUACAAGCAGCAGCAGGUACUUCCGCUCGGUAUUAAUUCUGAAACUCGGCUCUAAUUUCAGGUGCCUCAAAAUACAUACCUCAAUGAAAAAAAUACAUAGAAUAUAAGCUAUAAGAAAAAGGCCCUCGAAUUCAAGCGACUGUUAAAGGCUUAGGAACACCGAUGUGCCGAACGAUUCAAUCCAAAGAUUGAUUUCUUUGUAACUUUCCAUGUCUGUUUGAUUUGCAGCAGGCUCAGCCUGAGGAGAAGUUUCCUUUAUCUCUCCCUGAACAGCCAAGCAGUGCGCCAUCAAAACCAGACACUUCAGCUCUGAAAGAUCUGAAAGCAGACAUUGAGAGCGCCAUCCAGGAUGCCCUUAGGAAUGCUGUGUCAAAAAGUGCACAGAAGGCUAAGCCCAGUGAGGAGGUACACGUUGAUGGUGAAAGGGCUAAGCCCCAGGUUCCUGCAGCGUCUCCUGAACAAGUGGGAUCUGGUUCUGGGGUCCAGACACAAAAUACACCUCACCAGGGUAGCACUGAGGAUGCUAUGACUGGCGAGACCCACAGUGGUAGUGGGUCGGGUUUAAAACCUGAAUCCCGGUGAAGAGCUAAAUUAAGAGGCGAGAGACACCUAACGUUAUUCCGAGUAUGGAACAAGGAUGUUUUUAAACCCAAAAUUGCUCUCUGAUUUUCAGUGAAGAAUUCUCUUCACCCUGAAUUAAUUCGUGACAUUUCUUUUGGCGUAUCCAGGUUCGAUGUUCCUAUCAAAUCAAUCUGCAAGUGGGAAUCGUUUGAACGUGAUAGUUUUAGAUCCAGUGUCGUUAUUUGGUCCGUCGAAAAAUCAAUGAAAUGCGUUAGAGAAGAAUUAUAAUAAUUUUAUCAGUAUGGAAACUUGUUGGCUCGAUUGAUAGCAAUUCCUUGUCUUUUCAUCUCUGAUUAAAACAUUUUUCCUUCCUCUCUCUCUCGUGUUGCGGAAGAAAACAGAAAUAAACAAUGAAGAAUUAAAACGGCCACACUGCUAAUUAUAAAUCCAAUAAAAUCAUAUUUUGUAAAAGUCGGAGUACAAAUGGAA